CAAAACAUAUGCCCAAUUUCUCAAUAAUAAUAAUAAUUAUAUUGCUAAAAAAAAAAGCUGCUGCAAUAUUUUCUCAACGCCAACGGUCAAUCCUAACCGAAACCAAAUUACUCUCAAAUCAAAACGCAAAAGCCCUCAUUAAACCCUAAAUUAUCGUACACUCCCUUAUCCCGCCACCCUCGUUCGCCGCCGAUCAUGUCGUCGAUCUAUUCAAAUUUUCCGGAAACCCAAUCGUCGAAGUCUACUUUCUUCUCCGUCUCCAUUUCUCAACCACAUUCCUCGACCUUUCCCAGAUCAUUACCCAUUACCCCCCAGCCUUGGGCUGUUCAGGUCUCCAAUCGUGUUCCCACUCUGAAUCAGAAACUCAUCUCUUUACGUCCCGGAGUCUUGUUAUUCGAUGACCGGAAGACGACCGAGACAGAGCAGAAGGAAGAAGAAGAGUACCGUACGCCUCCGAUGACGAAGCUGGUGUGCACGAUUGGACCCGAUACGUGCGAGUUCGAGCAGCUGGAGGCAUUCGCAGCGGGUGGGAUGAGCGUGGCGCGUUUGAACAUGUGCCACGGCACCCGCGAGUGGCACCGCGCGGUGGUGGAGCGUGUGAGGAGGCUCAACCAGGAGAAGGGGUAUUCGGUGGCGAUCUUGAUGGACACGGAGGGGAGCGAGAUCCAUAUGGGUGAUUUCGGCGGUCAAACGUCAGCCAAAGCAGAGGAUGGUGAUAUGUGGACAUUCACAGUCAGGGCUCUAGAGUUUCCUUAUCCGAAACGAACCGUGAAUGUGAGUUACGAUGGUUUCGCUGAAGAUGUGAAGGUUGGCGAUGAACUUGUUGUUGAUGGGGGAAUGGUGAGGUUCGAGGUGAUUGAGAAGAUUGGUCCAGAUGUUCUGUGCCGGUGUAUAGAUUCUGGGUUGUUGUUACCGCGAGCUAAUCUUAACUUUUGGAGGGAUGGGAGUCUUGUCAGAGAGCGUAAUGCCAUGCUUCCAACUCUUCUAUCUAAGGAUUGGUUGGACAUUGAUUUUGGUAUUGAAGAGGGUGUCGAUUUUAUUGGGGUGUCCUUUGUCAAAUCUGCAGAUGUUAUUACUCAUUUAAAAAGCUACAUUGCCUCCAGAAAUCGUAAGAGUGAAGUUGCUGUCAUUGCAAAGAUAGAGAGCAUUGAUUCUUUGGAUAAUCUGCAAGACAUUGUUAUGGCAUCUGAUGGUGUUAUGGUAGCCAGAGGAGACCUGGGUGCACAGAUACCGUUGGAACUGGUUCCAUCAGUUCAAAAGAUGAUUGUUCAGCUAUGCAGGAAGCUGAAUAAGCCCGUUAUUGUUGCCUCCCAACUACUAGAAUCCAUGAUUGAAUAUCCUAUUCCAACUAGAGCAGAGGUUGCUGAUGUUUCAGAAGCAGUUGGACAGCAAGCAGAUGCUUUAAUGCUUUCCGGUGAAUCUGCCAUGGGAAAUUAUCCUGAAAAGGCAUUAUCUGUGCUGAGAAAUGUCAGUUUAAGAAUUGAGAGGCAUUUGAGGGAGGAAAAACAUCGUGACUUUGUUGAACUUUCAACCACAUCUCCUUUGACUACAGAUAUAUCGGACAAGUUAUGCAAUGCAGCUGCCAAGAUGGCGGAACAAUUGAAAGCAGAUUUUAUCUUUGUCUACACGAACACAGGAAAAAUGGCGUCUCUCAUGUCUGGUUGUCGACCAAACUGCCCGAUAUUUGCCUUCACUCCCUCAGAAUCAACACGGAGAUGCCUGAACCUGCAGUGGGGAGUUAUACCAUUUCACUUUGGUUUCACAGGCGACAUGGAAAACAAUCUAAGCAGAAGUUUCUCUUUUCUGAAAGCAAGAGGGUUGAUCAAGCCUCAAGACCUUGUCAUUGUCGUCUCUGAUAUGCUGCAAUCUGUUCAAGUUAUAAAUGUUUCCUGAAGGACCCCCUACCUUAGAUUGUUUGUGAAUUUGUGUGGUUUGAUAUAGAGUAUGAGUAUUACCAUUAGGAUUGGUUUUGAAGUGAUUAAUUCUUAUUUGGAUUUUUGGGGUGGAAAGUAGUAUAUCAUUCAAAAUUUCUUAUUAAACUAAGUUAUUUGCCCCUGGUAAACUUGUCAAACUAUUUCAAAAUUUUUGUAUUAUAGUAUUAAAAUUACUAUGAAGCUUAGACUUUGGUUAAUCUGGAAUGUAAUAUAUGUAUUUUCCACAUUUUGUUACUAUUUUCUUGUUAUAAGAACAACUCAAAGUUGAAACA